UACAGCUUAAAAAUGGUCACUCAAAAAAUUGGCGGUAGAGAACAAUUGUACAUGCUAGAGUUUUUAGUGAAUCAGUUAAAUUUAUUACCAGAGAUCGUCGCGAGAAACCAUGGGGCGUUAUCAGUUCACUUUAAAUUCCUGGACUUUGAUGAAUUUGUGAUAAAUCAAGAGGAAUUCUCCAAGAAAGUGAAGGACAACGGUGUGGACUUCGGCUCAGGAAAAUCCUGUAUCUUCUCGAAGAAACCGAAAGAGCUCCUGAAGAAAUUGCAAGCCAAUCCCUUGAUUAUCGAAAUCUACAGAUCAAACUCCGAUCCCUGCCCCCGAGAGCCUGUGGAUCCGAUCUGUAAGUCAGAGCUGCAUAUUUCCGGUUGUUUCUGUGAGAUUGAAAAAGCGAUGAACUAUCCACAUAAAUUACCAGAGCCUUACACAGUCCGAGACACUUACAAUUUAUUGGAUGAAAACGGAAAAUUGUCUGGGAGCAUUGAAGUCUUCCUGAGAUUUUCUUGCCUCGGUGAAUCCGUCGUCACUCACUUCCACGCGAACGAAACAGCUUUUCUCUUCAAGAACACGAAUUCCCUCGAUGAAUUUUCAUGUAUCAAACUGCCACCGAGUGCUGAAGAAUUGAAGAAAAAAUUCUGGACACCAAAAUCAAGAGUUAUUGAUCCAAAUAAAAAACCGGAGGCGAAGACGAUCAUCGGGAUUUCUAGGAUUUGCGAGGAUCUCAUUGAACGUUCCCCAGCUCCAAAAUCUCAGGGGAAAUCUGUGAUGAGUCUUGGAGAAGACUUACAACCCCCAGGAGUUCCAGAGGCUCCAGUAAUUGCGCAAGUGGAGAACACAGAAAAGACUGAUUCCUUAAUUCCUAAAAAAUCGAAUUUCGAUAUUAAAAAUCAUCUGUCCCCAAGGAAAUUCCCAUGUGGGGGUAGAUCAUGUCCUGGGGGCAUCUGCAGUGGCCUCCCGCUAUCAAAUCAAAACAUUUUCCUAGAAAAUCAAUGGAAAAGUGAUAGAAAACCACCAGAUAUAAAAAAUAAUAGAUUAAGAGGAGGAGCUGAGGAGAAAUCUGCGACCCUUUCCCCAGAUCCCAGAAAAAAUAUGAAAUCUUUUGAUAGAUUUUCUUCAAAAAAUAAAUUUCAACCGACAAAAUCGGGGAUUGACGUGAAUAAGACACCAGAGGAUCUCACUAAAUGUUCCUCCUGUCGAAUAUCUCCGGAAAUACCUCCACUGAUUCUAGGAGAGGACAUAAAAUCUCCAGGAUUAUCAGAAAUUGAGGGAAAACUAGUAACGAAUAAUUCAGUAAUUCGUGAAAAAUCAGAUAUCGAUAUUUCGAAAUAUUUGACGUCAAGAAAAUUCCCCUGCGGGGAGAGAUCAUGUUGUGGUGAUGAAUUAUUACAUGAAGAGAAUUGUAUUCGAAAUCGAUGGGAAAAUUAUGAUAAGCCCAAAAAGAUGAGAAAUAAAAGAUUGAGAGGAGGAAAUGAUGGAAGAUCUGUGAUGAUUCCGAUUCAGUCGAUGCAGACUCUUCUCUCUGGUGUUUGCAGAUCAUUUGUUCCUGAGGGAGAGCCUCAUCUGGGGUGUGGAUGUCACACGAAGAUGGGAAACCAAUCGAAAAUAAAGAAGAAAUGUUACGGAAUCGAUUGUUUGAUAAAAUCGUUCAGAGAAGCUGAGAAGUUCGUGGACGGUAUUGGAAAGGUUCCAGGGAUGGCAGGACUGGGACUUAUGGAUCCCAUGGAGAGUCCCUUUUUUGGAAGACCUCGGUACAGACCAUUGCCAACAGUUGGAGACAGUAAAAACCCAGUGAAGAGUUAUCUGGGUAUGCCCAUGAUGAAAAAAGACAGUUCUAUUCUUCGAGCACCUUGGAGAUCUCCGUUGAGACACGAGGACAGAAACAAAAUCAAUGGCUCAGAGUUGAAGAAAUUAAAACGUGAGGAUCACGAGAAGAAUACUGUGGAGGAAAUCAUGACCAUAAAGGAACCACAAAUGGGACCCUGUGGUGAGCCUGUCUGCAACUCUCGGAGGAAAAUCAAUAAAACGGAUUUGGAUGUGUCGUCCAAGGAGACUCUUAAGACCAUUAAGAUCAAGAGAGCUUCUUUGUUGUCCACCAAACGGAAGAAUAUGAAUUUGAAUUUGAAGAGAGCCAAGAACCUGAAGAAUUAUGAGAGAAAUUACAGUCAUGUUAAGGUUGGCAAGAGAGUGAUGCGGAUGGUUGAGGGUGUGAGUCAACGGAGUUGUUUCGGCCACAGAAGUUGCGUGGAGAUCAGAGCGAGAGUUCCAGGGAACAUGGGCUGGUUGUGGAACAUCAACAAUGUGUCUGGAAAUUUUAGGCCCAGAGUUGGAUGGAAGCCAGGUGCCAUUUCCAGAGGAGUCUGGAGUGCUCUGGUGAGGGCAAAAAUGGAGAAGGACCCUGACUCAAUCGAUCAACUACCUGUGACUCCAGUGAAAGGAAAGAAGGGCAAGAUGUCGAAGACCAAGAGUCUCUUGUCCGUUGUCAGGAAUCAGAGGAAGAAACGAGAAGUGGAAAAUCAGCACGAAUUACCUCCGACUCUCCACAUCCACAGGAAAAACGGAGAUUAUUUCGUCACAAUGUAUCCAGUCAAACCUGAGGACUCGGAGCAUCCUGAGGUACUCAAGGACGUGAAGCCUCUUCAGUUCAAGGUCACGAAGGACAGGAAGACUGAUGAUGAUGAGGGUGAUGUCAGUUCUGUUGGCGAUGACAUGGAGUUUGAGUUCUCUCCUCCUGCUGCGAUACAGAAGUACCAGAAGAAGACGGAGAAGAAGGAUCUGGAGACUCAAGUCAUCCAGCAGGAGAUCCUUGAUGCUUUCAAGACAACUGGAAGUCCUGUGGCGAAGAAAAAGAAAGGGGGAAAAAAGUGAAGAUUGACAGGUUAGAUUAUUCAAAAAUUCAAACUUCUUCGACGUUGAUUACAGCUUCCUUGAUUAUCAACCGUCGAGUUGAAGGCUUUACUUGCUGUCGGUAAGGUAAAUUAACGAAGGAAGUGGCGAACUUUGAAUUGACAUAAUUAUGAUUUGCGAAUCGUAGAUUCUGUGAACUGAAAACAUCUAGUUGAAAACUUUUGCAAAUGUUUCGAAGGGCAAAUCCAUUCCUUAUAAGGACAAUGAAAUAAUUAAUCAUUUAAUUCAACAGAAUUAAUUAAUAAAUUAAUGAUAUUUUUU